UACAAGGGAUUUAUCCUUGAUAACUCCCUUGUGAGGCAGUGGUUAAGACCAUGUGAAUCUAAAGAUGAGCUUUAAGAUAACACCUAAUACUCCAGAGAGCUGCCUGCUGUUCAGAGUCAUGUCUAUAAAGCCUUUAAUCCCCAUGAAUCUUUUACUAGGUUUUCAUGGCCAGCACUGACAUAACUGGUUAAAGAUGAGUGCUUUGUGCGUAUGUACAAUGUUGUGCAUAUGUACAAUGUUUUUUCUCCUUUGAAGCGAUUGACUGCUAUAUAUAUGUGUUCUAUGUGUUUUCAUUUUAAUUUAAGGUCAAAACAUUCUAAGUUGUUUUUCUGAGUGCAAAUUAUAUGACGUGAAAUUUAUAUGGAGUUCUUUGGAGAAGGAGGUUAGAGUUUGUUGAUUAUAACUGAAAUGUAACAUUUAAUGCUAUGUCUUCUUUUUAUAUAUUUUCUAUUAUGUCCUUUGAGGUACGUAAAUAUUGUCUUGCUCAUUAGCAAAUAAGCGAUGAUUGACUUCUCAAUUUUAUAGUGUGAAAAAGCUACAAAAUGUACAACCAAUAUAACACAUCCUCUUUUUUACAGAUGAAAGGCUUUAAUCUCUCUUCUGAGAGUGUUAUUCCUGCAUUUCUAUUUGCAACUCUGAGUUACAUGAUCAUACUAUUUUGCAACCUUACUCUGAUCCUCACCAUUGUACUGAAUAGAUCUCUGCAUCAGCCAAUGUACCUAAUUCUGCUGAAUCUUCCUAUUAAUGACCUUAUAGGUUCAUCAGCUCUCUUUCCACAGCUCAUCAAAGAAAUACUGAGAAACAGUGGGAUAAUGCAAUACUCAGCUUGUGUUGCUCAAGCUUUCUUUAUCCAUAUAUAUGCAGCAGGCACUGUGUUCAAUCUGAGUGCAAUGGCAUAUGAUAGAUACAUUGCCAUAUGUUACCCACUGCAGUACAGUACUGUGAUGACUAAUGCCCAUAUCAUGAGAAUAAUCACCAUUGUAUGGAUGAGUUGUUUAGUUUUAAUUGCUGUGCUUUUUUUCUUACUUUUGCGUUUGCCUCGUUGUCGAUCUGAAAUGACAAACCCCUAUUGUGAUAAUGCAUCUCUGUUGACUUUGGUCUGUGCUGACACAACUAUUAACAAUAUCUAUGGCCUUUUGAUAAGUGCGUUUUCACAAUUGGUGGCUAAUGGAAUUGUUUUGUAUACAUAUCUCCGGAUCCUCAUAGCAUGCUUUAGAUCUAAACGAUCAGAUACAAAAGCCAAAGCUCUGCAGACAUGUGCUACACAUCUGAUUGUUUUUCUCUUGUUGGAGUGUCUUGGUCUUUUCACUAUCAUAUCAUAUAGACUAAGUAAUGUUUCACCCCAUUUCAGAAGAUUUAUGGGUUUGUCAACUUUAAUUUUCCCCCCAACACUGAAUCCAAUCAUCUAUGGUUUGAAAACAAAGGAAAUUCGAGAAAAGGUGUUGAACUUUUUAAAGAAUAGAAUGUUUUCAUCUUAAUGCACUCUUUCAAAAGAAUCUGAUGUAGCAUGCUGAAACAUUUUAAAUGUUUUAUUUUCCCUUAUUUAUCCUGCUGUCUGACAUUAAUUCAGUCACUCUGUUGAGUCUUUUAAAAAAUGCUGAUUAAG